AUGGACCCUAUUACGGCUUUCCAAGUCGCAGCUUCGGUGAUAACCUUCGUUGAAUUCGGUGCAGAAUUAAUCCACAUCGUCAAGGAAGUCCGUGACUCCGCAGAAGGUGUCUCGGAGGAAAAUAAAUUAAGAGCCGCUGUCAAUCGGUCGAUGCGUCCAAUAUUGGAUGCAAUCAGCACAUCAGACUCCUCUGAGAUACCCGAAGAUGAAAGACCUUUAUAUGACCUCGCUCUGGAAUGCGAAAAAUGCUACAAAGAGAUGGAAGAUUUACUGGGCCGCCUUCCAGCGAAAAGGAAUGGCCGGUUCGGCAAGUGGCUAUCUUCUUGCAAAGCGAUCCUCAAUGAGCCCGAGCUAAAAAAGUUGGAAUCAAGACUUGAUAAAUGCCGUCUUCAAAUAUCAGCCCACCAAAUCCAAAUACAAGGAAAACGACUCACGCAAUUCUACCAAGCACUGCAAACCCAAGGGAAUAAUGGGUUCCAGAUGGUCGAGACCAUGCAAAAGCAUGUUGACUCAAUCAGGGCAGACAUCAUCCAGCUUCAGAGCAAGACGGCCCAGGACUAUCUUUCACUCAUUCUCGCGUGUCACGAGGAAGCCCUCGCGCCUAUAUGUGCCAAUCGCAUUCAAAAGAGGCUUCGUUUAAAAGGAGCCAUUACGAGGUACUCCAGCAUAGAUAAUCCCAAAGAAGGGACCUUCUCCUGGAUUUUCAACGAUACUCACAACCUUGUGACUGCUGAACAUUCAUCUGUGGGUUAUGAUACUCACGCUAUUAUCGGAAGAUCCCGGUUUCUCAAUGAAGAGGAUCAAAUCAGAAGGGCUCAUGUGAGGGAUAAUUUCAUAACUUGGCUUAGCUCUUCGAACGGAAUAUUUCAUUUCACUGGAAUACCGGGUGCGGGAAAGUCCACGAUGAUGAAGUUCAUUUACGAAAAUCCAGCAACGAAAGAAGAGCUCCGGAAAUGGGCUGGAAGCAGGACAUUAUGUCUUGCUAAGCACUUUUUUUGGAGGCCCGGCUCGGACCUACAGCAUAAUCUCGCCGGCCUCUUCUACUCUCUUCUUCAUGGAAUCUUCGAAAGCUGUCCUGAAUUAAUACCAGAUGCGAUGCCUGCGUAUUGGGAGCAGGUACAUCAGGUACCAAUAGUUGUUGAUCCAAAUUUCGAGAUUUCACCCAUCGCAGUCGAGAAUGCUCUGCUGAAAUUGCUUCGAGAUCAGAAUAUCAUCAAACAUCACUGUUUUUGCUUUUUUAUCGAUGGUCUUGACGAGUUUCUCGGUUCUGAUCAACAAGACUACACGAGCUUGGCAAAUUUAUUAACCAGAUGGGUAGACAAUUCAAAUGGAAACCUCAAGAUUUGUGUCUCAAGUCGAGAAGAGAAUGCUUUCAUGAAUGCAUUCCCCCAAGACCAGCGCCUCCAACUCCACCAGCUCACAUGGGAUGAUAUCUCGACCUACGUCCGUGAAGGAUUGCAGGGACUUGAGGCCGGGGAUUCCAAAGAUGAACUGAUUUACAAGAUUUGCAACCGGGCUAAGGGAGUCUUUCUCUGGGUGAUUCUCGUUAUCAGAGAUGUCCGGGAAAAGAUUGAGAGCGGUGAAACCAACCCUAAAGAAAUCGAAGCAAACUUAUCUAUCCCUGAAGGAUUGGAAAAUCUUGUUGGCCAUAUACUACACAAACUAAGCUCGGAGAAACGAAAGAAAUUGUCACAGGUCGCGGCGAUGCUUCGUUUGCGGCGCCAACACAAACACGAGCGGUAUGGUGAUUUCGACCUUGCACUACUUGCUUUUUCGUUUCUCGAUGAAUUUAAUUCAGACCACAAGUUCGCAACCAAGAAUACUUUCAAUAAAAAUAAAACAAAUAUAGAUGAGAGACUUCUACUUGCCGAAAAGCAACUCCGAUAUUGCAGUGGUGGGUUUCUCAAAAUAUCCGAGCAGAAGAAGACAAUCGGGUUCAUCCACAGGUCCAUUCCCGAAGUCCUGGACAAGGAGGAAUUCAAGCGCCUGCUGGGAUAUGCUGGCACGACCGAAGCUAUAAGGACACUAUCGCACCUAACAUUCGCCCAGGUUCGGGCCGGGACGUACAACAGCGAACAGGUUGCAGGUAUUCUGUCUCCAGUUAUGGCUAUGUGCCUUAAGGCCCUUGACGAGAGCAUUUAUGAUUUCCUGGCAUACAUACACACAUGGUAUAAUGACAAGUUUCCUCUGGAAGCUCUCGAAGCUCAUCUCGUUUUCUCUAUACCGUUAAGUCCGCUUGCGUCACAGAUGUGUCGCUGCUCGGGAUACGAACCUCCAACAUCUAGGCCAAUCGAUGACAAUGAAGUCAUAUGUUUCAACGCUCUUUCAUACGCUGCGAUCUAUGGAAAUAUUAAAUUCGCCAAAUUUAUAGUUGAAAAGAGCCCUGGUUAUUUCAACCAGCCAUGGAUAAGAGCGCAAGUAGUCGAGAUACUGCUCUUCAUUUCCGAAGUCAGACCGAACUUGUCUGCCUGGAACAGUCUUCUGGAUCGUGAACUUUUGAAAGAACACGAAAACCGUCGCUUCACCAUCAACAGCGUGCCGUAUUCAGUAAGAAAAAAAGUCCUUCAAUUGUCAGCAUGCAACCUCAGCAUCUGGCAGUGGUUUCUAACAUAUGUAUUCGUCCAAUAUCUGGGACGAGAAAUGGUUUUACGCCAUUUCGAAACGGUUGAGUGGUUCCUAAGCCACGGCGCUUCUACAAAUUUCGAAGCAAAUAUCUAUUAUAAAGAUGUCUCCGACGGGAAUACGAAAAUUUGCAUAUACUUUGGCAACAAACAUCUCUCAUUUCUAAUCGCAACCGAUAAUAUUUGCCGGUGGGCAGCCCGGGAUCCGAACCCCUUUAAACUCCGAGCAAUAUCUCUUCGAGAAUGGAUCACACAGGCUGCCCCUCACAAUGUGGAAAAGCUCCUUGCUUUGAUCGAUACGAGCCCGGAACAAGAUAAAUAUAACUUCGGCGUUAUGCAUUCACGGAAUACUCCAAUUCAGAAUAGGUCAGUGCUCGCGGUAUCUGAAGAGCAGAAACCCGCAAUUGGACCAGAAGAUGCAAGAUCGGGGGGGGGGCACGUUUUGGAUAUCAAGCGAGGAAACCUGGCAGCGUAUGUUGACUUCAAAGUCAUACUAAGUAUGAAAUCAACUCCUUGCGACCAUGGAUAA